AUGGAAAUCCCAAUAUCGCUUUCUGUGUCACACCGACGAGGAGAUGACUACGUGCACUGUGAUUUGGGAGCUAUCGCUGAUCCGAGAUUUCUGUUAGAAGGAGGAAGAGAUUACAUACUCAGAGUAACAGUGAACCGGCCCGUGAAAGUGCAUUUCCGACAGGAAGCUGCAAGGUGGAAAAUCCUCGAUGUGAUGCCGGUUGGUGAGAGCUGGGGUCCUCGUCACACUCGUAAAGAGCGAAGGCUAAGCGACCGCUACCGAGCUGUCGACCAUCUGGUUCUAUUCGGCGGCCGAAUUCCACUGUGCCCAGAUGCUCCCCCAGAAGCGCAGCGUGUAGUACCAGCUUGUGCUCAGGGAUCUACCACCGCAACAGCGAAACCGCUCGAUACAACCGUGGAUGACGACGUGCGACAAAGGGUCACUGAUGUUGCAAUGGUUGAAACGUACAAUAAGAAGAAGGGAAAAUACCGUCUUUGGUUAACUCAAUAUCAUACGGAAGCUGAGUUCUGCUCAAACCAUGUUUUCAAAGCGGGACACUUCUUCCAAGGACGAUUUUCCAUUGGUGGGAAGCAUAAGAACAAGUGCCAUGAUUACCUCCAGGAGGUGCCCACUCCGGAAGGGGUCUCCGGCUAUUAUGACACGGAAGCGGAGGAGCUGGAGGUUUGUUGUAUAUUUAUUUUGUCUCACAUCCUAAAUAUAAUACAUGCAGUUUGA